GGCGCCAGGGCUCCUCGCGAAAGAGCGCGCCGCGCGGGGAAGCGUCCGCAGGCUCCGGCGGUGACGCAACCGGCGUGCGGAAUUAGACCCGUGUAAUUACACCCCGCCCACGGGGCUGGAGCUGUCCCCUCGGCCUCCGUGGGCUCCGGAGAACUAGAAAUCGGGAAGAAAUGAAGGUCGACAGGGGGUUAAAAGGGAGAAGAGCGCGCAGGCCGGUGGGGGGAGAGGUGGCAGUGUCCCUUAGCUGCAAAGCAGCGACUCCUCCGGGUGUAUUGCUUCGACCCAUCCCCACCCCACGCGUUUCACAGCGUGAGCUUGAAUCAUAUUGCAUGAAACUGGUGACUAAGGGAGAUAAAGCGUGAGAACCCUUUAUCUCCCUUGAGAAGCCUCCCAACCAGCCGGAAAGAGACCUCCGCUGUCCCUGGGCUGGGCCCAGCUACCUGUGCUCCCCCUGGAGGCAACAUUCUCUGAUGAUGGCUGUGAAAUCUGAUGGUUGAUGCACCCUCCUUCUCCAAGGUUGGGAGGCUACCCCUGCUCCUCUGUGGUAAAUCUUGGGAUCACACUAGGACCAGGUCUGGUUCUAGAGUGUACCGCCACAUUGCACGUGGGGCUGGGAUGUUGGGCGCUCCAAGUCUCCUCAAGCCCCAUCCUGCUAACCCAAAGGAAAUCAUUUCCGUUUAUCGAUUUGCAGCAGUGCACAACGCUGUGUUGAGUGUCAGAAUAGAGGUCAGUUGAACCCUUGCCCUUAGGUCAGAGGUGAGUAAACUGGUGCUUGGAGAGAUGAAGUGGUGUCAUUUGGGACACUGUUGGAUCUUCAUUUCUCCAUUCCCAGGUCUCGUUCUCAAACGCUUUGUCUUAUUUCCAGUCUCCCAGGAAGAUUUCGAGGAUUAGUGAAAGUUCCUUGUGGAUUCACAUUCAGAUCCCUUCCUGCUUGUCUAUAUCUUAGGGCAUUUCAGAGGAAGAAAACGUGAUUGGAGCAACAGUCUACCUCUGAAUCUAGUCUGGAAAACAGGCCGUCCUGUCAUCAUCUCCACUGGGAAUCCAGAGGCUCAGGAUGUGGUGGGGUUUGAGCGGGCCUGAAAAGAAGGGUGGGAUUUAGCAGCGGAGGGGAGCAGAGCAGGCCCUUUCAGCUGAGAGAACAGUGUGUGCAGAAGCUGGUAAGUGGAUCUGGGUUGAUGUGCUUGGGAGACGGUGAAAUGCGUCUGGUGCUGGACAGAUGGUGGGAGGUGAGUCCGACUCCCUGGAAUGCUACCUGCCCUCCCCAGUCCCACACACAGCAGGGGAUGGGUGCCACUUUCAUGCAAGCCUGCCUUGGCUGAGCAGAGGGGUCUGAGCUCUCAUGCAAGAGCAGACAUGUGUUUCUUGGUUUGUUUUGUUGUUUUGCUCAAGCGACAGGCCCAUGUGGACUUGUAAUCCCCAUCCCAGACAGCCUGGAAGUUCCAUCUGCCAGAUGCAUUACGCGCAGCACACGCAUUCCUGCGAAGAUAUUUGCUGUAGCCCUGACUUUGAACCCUGCCCCACCCUGCAGCUGCCUUGGAGUCCAGCACUAAGAGAUUGUUAAGAAGAAGGGGUGAGGAACGGGCAUGAGGAUCCAGGUCUGCAGAAGCUGGCAUGGGACGUGGCCAGCUGUCCCCAGGGACAGCCUGACUUUAUGGAUUCAGGCUGCCUGGUCAGACGGCGAGGGUCGUCUGUACAAGAAGGGAGCGACAGUGCCAGGUUCCGGGGUGUGUUCCAAAUUCCACAUUCUGUGUGCAGACUCCCGGCGCCACAGCGAAGGCGGGCCUUGGCAGGACACUGACUCUGACUUUCUCUCCCCUUACCUCGUGUACUGUCCAACUGAGGAAGAAGAACUUUGAAGACAUUUGUGAAGCUCUGCCUUCCCUCAAAUAAACCAACAGGUCCACCAGCUCUCCCACCACCCCCCUCUCUGAGAAAAGCCAUGGCUCUAACUGAUGCUGAUGUGCAGAAGCAGAUUAAGCACAUGAUGGCUUUCAUUGAGCAGGAAGCCAAUGAAAAGGCAGAGGAAAUAGACGCUAAGGCUGAGGAGGAGUUCAACAUCGAGAAAGGACGCCUUGUACAGUCCCAGCGACUCAAGAUUAUGGAGUAUUAUGAGAAGAAGGAGAAGCAGAUAGAACAGCAGAAGAAAAUCCAGCUGUCCACCAUGAGGAACCAGGCGAGGCUGAAAGUCCUGACAGCCCGAGACGACCUCAUCUCAGAACUGCUCAGUGAGGCAAAGCUGAGACUCAGUAGAAUUGUGGCCAACACAGUUGUGUACCAGAAGCUGCUGGAUCAACUGGUGCUCCAGGGUCUGCUCCGACUGCUGGAGCCGAUGAUGAUCGUGCGGUGCAGGCCUCAGGACUGCUUCCUAGUGCAGGCUGCAGUGCAAAAAGCUAUUCCUGAGUACAUGAUGGCCUCCCAAAAGCAGGUGCUGGUCCAGAUUGACCAUGAAACACACCUGCCUAGAUAUGCAGCUGGAGGUGUGGAGAUCUACAGUGGCAAUCAGAUGAUAAAGGUUUCCAAUACCCUGGAGAGUCGACUUGAGCUCUCUGCCCGGCAAAAGAUGCCAGAAAUACGAACGGCUUUGUUUGGAGCUAAUGCCAACAGAAAGUUCUUUAUAUGAGACAUUGGAAAGAGAAGCCGGAAAGUAAACUGCUAAAUCAUAAAGAGUCUUGAAUUGUUUGGGCAAAGGAAAUUGGUAAUGCUUCUCUUCUUUGAAAGCCCUAUUAUUGUCCUAUCUUUUUUCAUGAAAUAAAGGUUUAGCUCUGAA